AUGCCCAUGCCUCAUAUCAAGGGCCCGUUCUUCACGCUGGAAGAUGCGAAAACAUCCUUUAAUCUUUUCUGUUGCGUCUGCGGCAUCGGAUCGCUGGCCAUGCCGUCCAAUUACGCUCGUGCCGGUCCCGUAUUCGCCACCGGGGCUCUCUGUUUCAUGAUCUUUGCCAACACGUACGCCACGCUCAAGCUGUCCAAAGUGAUGCUCGUGGCACCCUCCUCAGUGCGGACGUACGGUGACUUGGGCGAGUGGGCCCUGGGCAAAUGGGGCCGUUUCUUCACGGUAGCUUCGCAAAUGGGUGUGUGCCUCCUUGUCCCCAUUGCAUUCCUCAUACUUGGUAGUACGAUGCUGGAAGUGCUGUUUCCAGACUCGUUCAGUCAGAUCUUCUGGAUCAUCUUCAUGGCUCUUAUGGUUGCCCCCGUGUGUUUGAUUCCGACACUAAAGGAGAGUUCCGGUAUGGCCUUCGCCGGUUGUCUCGGCACGAUCAUUGCUGAUGUCAUUGCCGUGUCUGUCUUGCAGUGGAACAUGCGCGGCCACACCUCCGCCCCUUCUCCUGCGAUUUCGGCUCAUCAGGUCUUGACAUGUUUUGGAAACCUCGCACUGGCCUACGGCGCUGCAAUUGUCGUCCCUGAUCUCCAACGUGAACACUCGCAGCCGCAGCGUAUGCCUCGUGUCGUGUUGAUUACGAUCCUGUUCAUCUCGGCGCUCUUCAUUGUCAUGGCGCUGGCUGGCUACACUGCAGGUGGCUGCCAAUUGUCCGGCAACAUCCUCUACUCGAUCGUGAACACGUCGGACCCUCUUGGUUUGGCUCCUCUCGGCUUCAGUGCCGACCGUGGCGCCGUGGUGAUGGCGUAUUUGUUCAUGCAGAUCCACAUCUCCAUCGCUUUCUCGACGCUCAUGAUGCCACCGUUUUUUAUCGCCGAGCGGCUGAUUCUCGGCAUGCACAAGAGUCCCGAUGUGGUUCAAUACAACGGAGAGCUCCUAGACCAGAUGAUCGCCGAGAUGGAUCCCGAGGCGCAGGAGAAGCGCUCGUACAUGCAGAGCUCGACGCCUGUGGACAUGACUCACUCCCGUCAAGUGUCGGUCGCCAGUCUCGCCGAGAAAGAAUCAGGACGGAUGUCACACUUGCGGGUCGCGCUGGAGUUCGGCGGCAUCACAGCAGAAGAAGUGAAUGCGCCGUACCGCAAGAACCCGCUGCGCUAUGUGGCUCUGCGGCUCACGAUCGUUGGAAUUCUGGUGGUCAUUGCUGUGCUGGCACGCAAGCGCUUUAUCGACCUCCAGGACUUCACGGGUGCCACUGCCCACACGAUGAGCUGUUUGCUAUUACCAGUGAUCAUCUACUGGCGAGUAUGCUGGAAGUCCAUGUCUAUUUGGGAUAAGGGGGCGUCCAUGGUGGUCAUUGUCGUCUGCGCCUUUGCGGGUUCGUAUGUGAUGAUUGAUGCUGGCAAGCACCUGUUUACGCCCACGGACGACCCCACGCUGUUCCCGUACUGUGACGCGGAGUUCCAGGACGAACCGUACUAUAUCCGUAACAACACCAGCAGCAGCAACUAA